GCCCAACUGCGUCUGUGAGCGCCUCCUCCGGUACUGAGUCUGGGAGUAUAUAACUGAUGCCAGCAUCUCCCGGCGCCAGUUGGUGGGAAGCCACGUAUACGUGACACUGGCCGCUCAUGAAUGAAAUAGCGCACUCAGGCGUACAACUCGUAGUGGAAAUGUGUGUAUGGAUAUUGGAGGUGUUAGUGUUUCUGUGACUCCGGAUUAAUGGUUAGACAUUGUCGAGGGUUUCUUUAUCGUGUUUUGAAAUAUUACCUCGGAGAACUUUGCUCAAUAACCUUUCUUUGUUCUUUGCUGAACUUCUAUGGUUAAAUGUUCCAUGUUCGUAUCAGGCAGCUGACAAAAGAGAGAGAGAGAGAGAGACGUUUUCAGUUUGGCCAAGUGUUGUUGCACUGCCAUUCACAAAAUCUGUGUUCAGAUGGUCAACGAAUGUGACAUACAUUGAUGUUUAUCAUGGGUAUUAAAAGCGAAUUCCGUAUUUGCAACUUUGGACUGAACCACAAUGAACCUCAAAGAUUUGUCACAUCACAGUGGGGUCAUCCUCGCCUUUACCUGUCCUGGAGGAUAUUCUGGGCUCUGUUUCAUACUUCCUGGCUGGUCAGUAGCAUGGUGUAUUUGACCAAAGUGACGUCAUCACCGCUAGGUGGCGCUGUGUGGCUCAUCUACCUCACCAACUGGACCUACCUCCUGCUGACCACCAGUGCUGUCCUGGACGCAGUCAUCGUGGUGUUCGUCAGGAUCAACAGACAGGACAUUAUAAAGGGUUUCACGUCACAUCUACCUUGGUACCUGAAGCUAUCCUGGCUCCUCAACAGUGUAGUCACUGAAGGGAGUUUACACAUCAGCGCCCUCUACUGGAUCUUCAUUUUCAAGGAUCAACGUCUGACGCUACUGCGAUUCAUCCUCCACGGUAUGAACUCCAUCUACGUCUUGUCCAACCUCCUCAUCACCGCCAUGCCGGUUCGUGUGUAUCACGUGAUCUACCCAAUUAUCUAUGGCGUCAUCUACACAGUUUUCAGUGUCGUUUAUCACAUAUUUGAUGGGACCAAUGAAAAGGGAGAACCGUAUAUCUACAAGACUCUUGAUUGGUCCAAAUUGAAGCGGACUCUACCUCUUGUGUUUCUGAGUACCUUCGUGGCUCUACCGUGUUUGUAUUUGGUCGUUUAUUUUACCCACAUACUGAGAAUAUACGUACGUUCAAAAUGUCUGAAAAAUAACGAGGAUACCAGAAUUCUUGAUUCAUCGACAGAAAGAAGUGACAGUGAAAGUGCACGUGUUUGAACAAGUAUUUCACAGACGAAAACACUCAGGAGGGAUAUAUUAAUUCGUCGUUUUGAAUUUGUGAUGAUAUAUAAAGGUCACCAUUAAAAAAUAACAGACUAAUAAUUAUGCAUUUGUGUUGGCAUUGGCAUUGCCAUGCAUCAGUGAUAUUAAUCCACACAGAUAUGUUUAGAUCAUUCAUUCAUUCAUUGUCAUUUGUAAUACUGUGGUACAUACACGCAUUC